CAAUUAUUGUGCGGUAAUUAAAGAAAAUACAAUUUUUGGAUCCAUAGUUAUUUUGUUACGUUAAAAAAAAAAUUGCUCGUGUUUCGCUCGGAAGUGUGUUUUAUUCUGACGCCGUGUCACUUGUCGUACAUUAACCUAAACCCAUUUUACCCACACUAAUGAGAAUCAUCCGACGCCGACCACCCACAUCAGUGCCGCAGAACGGUUAAAAGUUAAAAAAAUUAGGUCCAAUUCCGAGUUAUUGUUAGUGAAAUUCCACUCGAAUUCCGCGCGCGUGUUCUGAUUUCGACUGUUUGAUGGUUAUACACGGAGCCGCCACGGGAAUCGCUCCAGCCGACAUUCAUCGGACCACUGAAUCGUUAUUCAAUACCGGUAAUGGCAGAGUGAUCGGUGCCCCGCUACGCAUGCGCCGUCCAGAAGACCAAUCGCCGAGCGCUGCUAGUGCCGGACUCAUGAUGGAGGUGUGGGCUUCAGUUGCAUCGUGGUUUCUGCGGCCUGAGAUGGCCGGAGCCAGCGUGCCGCCGAUCGUACCGCAACCACCCCCAAUGCCCAUCCGACCUUCCCGGACGUCUUCGGAUCCUCCGCAAAUGGCCAUGCCUCCAACAAUAUGCACUGCCAUCAGAUGUACGGUACCAGGAUGUGUGUGCGAUUGUUUUACGCCUGGCAAACUUCACAUACGAUUCUGCGACGCAUGCGGUCACGGAUGGGUCCCACACGCUCUUGACAAACUGGGAUUCGGUGGAGCUUCCUUGGGAAAUGGAGCUGUGGAGCCUAUCCAACCAAACGUUGCUUUCGACAUCGCUAGUCUAGUGCUAUACGGCUGUCAGGCACUCCCGAUUAGACUUAAGAUCUUGUUAGACCGAUUGUUCAGCGUUCUCCGUCAAGACGAAGUGUCAGCCGUGCUCAGAGGGUUUGGUUGGACGCAUGAAGAUUACGCCAGGGGUUAUAUACUUCAGGAACCACUUGGUGGUGGAAUUUUGGAACGUUGGAACAUAUGUAGCCCGGAAGAAGAACCACUCGUGCUGCAACAGUUUUUGAGAUUCGGUGAAACCCGAGCAGUUACACAGCAAUUGUUGUUGCACGGUUUAGGUGCUGAUUUUCGAGCCUUACCUGCCUUAGAGACUGACAUGAAACGAUUAAUGGAACGCCAAAAACAGCAAUUGAACAAUGACCAUAAGUCCGGAUUCGACAUUAAUAAGUUCCGGACACGGACACCUCCCCCGCAAUCAAUACCAUUAUUGCCGCUACCACUGCCGCAACUUACACCACGUCUUCAAUUAGGCAGUUCACCACCAUCACCACCAAAACCAGUGUUUGGAUUUGCCAAGCCACCCGGUGGACUCCCGAUGCUGCAGCCUCCACCAGUUGGCAAUAAUGCUUGUAAUGGAGCAGGUUCGCCACCGGUCGGUAGCCCUACCAGCAGUGUAUCACCACUUAACAAGUUACAGAACAUGCAACCAUUUGACUUCCGAAAGAUGCAGUCGGCUGCAUCUGGGUUUAGUGGUAGCAAGCCUUUACAGGUCCCAUCAGGCCGACGGUCAAACAACUCAUCGACUGACUUAUUGCCACCACCUCCGCGCCCAAGCCAGCAACAGCAACAGCAACAGCAGCAACAGCAGCAACAACAGCAACAACAACAGCAGCAACAACAGCAACAACAACAAAACGAUUUCAAUAACAAGUACGGUCCACCCGAUAGCUUAGCUGGUAGUAGUGAUUUCGGCUCUGACGAUGGUGAUGAAGAGGAAGAAAACUCACAGAGCGCAUUGAACCUUAGCAAAGACAGCGCUCCGAAAGCGUUACGUCCGCACCGGGGCCACGUUCGCAAGACUCAACAGCCAUUAAAAAGACAGUGGGGAUCAGCUGGAUUGCCGUUAAAUUUAGGUACUCAACUCAUUAACCCGGCUACUGGAAAAAAACGCGUGCAAUGCAACGUUUGCCUGAAAACGUUUUGCGACAAAGGAGCGCUGAAAAUUCACUUUUCUGCCGUCCAUUUGCGUGAGAUGCACAAGUGCACCGUAGAAGGGUGCAACAUGAUGUUUAGUUCUAGACGUUCUCGAAAUCGGCAUAGCGCUAACCCUAAUCCUAAACUUCACUCACCACACUUACGUCGAAAAAUAUCACCACACGACGGGCGCAGCUCACAAGCCCACCACCCGAUGGUUAUAACACCACUACAGGCGUCUGCUAUGAAUCAACUGGCGUUUGGAGCGUUCCCACUAUUGACCGGUGGUACUGAUUUGAGAGCUACCGGAUCAAAACACAGUUCUGCGUCAGGUCUACACCUGGCCGAAGAACUACGCCGCUCGGCAGAAUUUUCAUCGGACAAUAUGGACGAGUACAUGGACGACGAAGAAGACGGCAUCGUUGUAGAUGGUAACGCAGUGGACGACGAUGAAGAUGACUCAGAGCACCGAAGCGACCGAAGCUGUAAGCGAAUGUCUGAAGAUUCCGAAGACGACGGUGGUAGCACCGCUGCCGAAUCGCAGAACAAUCAUCACCAUUUAAACAAUAAUAAUAAUAUAAACAAUGACAACAACAACGAUCGACCACCAAUAGUAGCCAUCAAGAACGUACACAAACGAAAGAGCAUGAACCCUACAAGGUUCGCGGCCGCAGCUGACCUCAGCGAUGAAGGCAUGUCUUGCGCAGACGAUUAUGGUUCGGUCGCGUCACCCAAGGAUAACAACAACGAAGUAACUCCCGCCAUAUGCAAAUUGGAACCUAAUCUAACUGACGAAGAUGACGGUUGCUUAAACUUGAGCAGGAAACGGUCAUCACCCAGUCCCGUAACGGCAACUGGCGGUGGUGACGGUGAUAGGAGUGGCAGGCAAUCGGUGGCAGAAGGAGUAGGUGGUGGUUCGAGAGACUCGCUACUAUCCGAAGAAGACGACGGGCUGUUGGAAGAAGACGAGGACUUGGAUGACGACGUGGAUGAUGACUUAGACUUGGACGACGACUUGGAUGAGGAUGCGGACGACUUGGACGAGUGCGACUCGGAUAGCGACGGCAACCAUCGGGUAUAUGGCGUAUUCGAAAACGGCCGGUUUGUGGCCACGGACGACGUGCCUGUGGACAAAGAAAAUCCAUGUACCUGCACGGCGUGUGGCAAAACGUUUCCUAACCACUUCGGUGUCAAGUCCCAUUACCAGCGCGUACAUUUGAAAUUAAUGCAUAAGUGUGUAGUCGACGGCUGCAAUGCGACGUUUCCAUCCAAACGGAGCCGGGACCGACACAGUUCCAACCUAAACCUGCACCGGAAAUUGUUGUCCACUUCGUCACCGUUAUCGUCAACAGUGGAACCACCUCGUCAACAGUCUCACCAGCGUCAACCCCCAUUGUUGUCGUCAUCGCAACAAUCAGUCCAGAAGCAACUCCAACAGCCUUCGGUUUCGCUGCCACCACCCACACCGUCGUCGCAGCAUCAUCCACAACAGACCCAUCCAGCGCCCGUGCCUGCAGUCAGUAGCGCCGCCGCCACUGCGGCUAACAUCAUGGCGGCUGCUGCUGAUAACCCGUAUGGCAUGCAUGCUGAGUUCUUGGCCCGUUUGUACGCCGAUUCACAACAACAAUUCCAGGCGUUCGCCGGUGGCAAUGGACUGAUGCAAGUUCCGCCACAGUUCGCCGGUGGCACGUCUGUUGGCUCGCCGUUCAGACACUUACCCGCCGCUGCAGCGGCGAUGGCGAUGGCGGCUGCGUCCGCAGCCAACGGCUGUGGCAACGUGACAUCACCACCGUCCACCACCCGGCUAGUGUACUCGGCCGACGAGGAUCUGCCAGCAACACCCGACAAGGAGAACGGAAGCAUGUACGCAUGUCGGUUCUGCAGCAAAUCAUUCCCAGACAAGAACGGCAUGCGUGAGCAUUAUGAACAGCUGCACAUGCACGAAAUGCACAGGUGCAAGAUGCCCGGGUGCGGUAUGGUGUUCAGCUCUCGAACCAGGCGGAACGCUCACGCGGAGAACAGCCACCAGCAGCAACCGUCCCUGUCUGCUGGCGCGCAGGCAGCCACGUCGUGACCUCGACCCGCGCCUCACCACCAGCGAUUUCCCGUACCGCCGCCCUGGUGGUGGUAGAUGCCGCACAAACGUGGUGUAAACUAUAUAAUAUUAUUAUAAUAUCAUACCAGGUUGAUGUGGUAUGAUACGUUUUCAUUACGAUACUCUUAUAAUCAGUCCUCGCCUGUCGCUCGUCUUCCCCUUUCAUUCACCAUCCACUACUAUUUAUAUUAUAUCCGAUCACUUUUAUAAAGUGUUUAAGAAUUUAAUUGUAAAGUCCACGUAGCAAUCUUUUUUAUUUCGUUCUGGUGCUCAAGUCAAACAUUUAACAUCAUCAUCAUCAUCAUCGUCACUGUAUGUACAAUAUAGUUAUUAAUUAAUAAUAUGCGUGUAUUCCAUAAUAUAAGUACUCAAUUAUUAUACUACUCAUAUAUGCGACUCGACUUACGAUUAUAUAAUGUGAUCCCGCCACCCUCAACCCCUACAGUUUUUACGAAGCGAAUUUUUAUUAUGUAAACUUUAUUAAGAUUAUUACAUAUACGUAUACGAUGUAUGAAAAUAUGUGAUUCAU